AUGGCGCCGACCGUUGAGAUCGCCAUUCCAACGGCCUCUCUCUCAAACACUUCUCCGCCAUACACCAUUUACCACAUUACCCUUCGCCUCCCGCUCCGCUCGUUCACAGUCUCCAAGCGUUACUCCGACUUCUCCGCUUUCCACAGCACUCUGGUCAAUCAGACAAAUGCAGAGCCUCCGGUGCCUCUUCCCUCGAAAUCUUGGUUUUCGAACACGAACAAAAACUCUCGUUUCCGUGAAGAGCGUCGUAUCGGCUUGGAAGAGUACCUUCGCGCGAUCAACGAAGCCCCCGAUGCUCGUUGGCGUACCUCACCGGCCUGGAGAGCAUUUUUGAAUCUCCCGACCGCCGCAGCCUCCGCAGUCAAUGGAACAAGCAACACCUCGGCACGCCUUCAUGCCGCCAUCACAGAUCCCGGUUCUACGAACGCCCCUAUCACCGACCCGACGCUAUGGCUCGACUACUAUCGCGAUAUGAAAUCCCACCUCCAUGACGCCCGGCUCCAGCUCUCCCGCCGCGACCAAGAGACGACCCCUCAGAAACAACAUGAGAGCUCCGCGCAAGCAAAGAGUAGCCUCGUCCGUGCGGGGACGAUGAUCACCACCUUGGAAGAAGGCCUCAAGAACCUCAGUGGCCACGGCACGAAGUCGGGUGACUCAAGUGCAUCGUCUAGUCUCGGAGAUGGCGAAAUUCGUCGCCGUAAGGACCUCCUCAUCAACGCGCGUAAAGAAAAAGACGGACUGGAGGACUUGCUCCACGCCAUGGCAACCAAGAGCAAACUCGACCACGCUGUGGCUUCGAUGCAGGAUAAAGAUGCACUCUUGCGAAGUGGAAACGAUUCCUCGAGCGAAGGGCGUAGGACUCCGGCGAAAUCCGGACGAGUCCUCGGUAAGGAAACGGAACGUACGCGCGAGCUUGACAACAACGGUGUGCUGCAAUUGCAAAGACAGAUGAUGCAGAGCCAAGAUCAGAAUGUCGAUGAGCUUUUGAAGAUCAUUAUUCGCCAGCGGGAGCUAGGCACAGCUAUACACGAGGAGUUGGAGGUGCAGAAUGAAUUGUUGAAGUUGGCUGACGAGGAUACUGACCGACUGAAAGCCAAGCUUGAUAUUGGCAAGAAGCGCAUCGGCAAAAUCUCGUAA